CCCGAGCAAUAAUUCCAAUCUUGUCUCACGCUACACAGCAGUCAAACAGGGAGGAGGGAUAGCUAGCGGUCGAAACGGGCGCGAGCGUGAAGCCAUACAAAAACGGCAUUAAUCCACCGUGAUUCCAGCUACUUUGUUCUCCACCUCCUCCCACCGCUUCGUUCCUUUCAAGUCUCCGAGGGCGACCCUCUCUCUUCUUCUCACUCCAGCUCCAGUCCUGUGCUGGUAGUUAUUGGUGAGUGCUACGUUGCUAGCGUGGGGUGUGACAGCACUGCACGGCGAAGGCUGGGCACGGUGGUUCGUGUGAGUGGCAGGCAUGAGGACCGGGGGGAUGCUGUGCCGGUCACAGGCGGCGACGGCGGUCUGCGUGCCGGGCGACGCACGGUCCAUGGUCGUCGGGCGCCGCGCCGACCGGACAAUCGCCGAGGACGCGCGCACUCUCCACGACGUCAGGUACGUGCGCCUUGGUGCCGACGGAGCCGGCGCCGCGCUUGUCUCGUCCAGGCGGGUGGCGCCGCCCCAGCCGCCGCCCAUGUCGAGGAGGCGCGGAGCGCCGGUGGCCGUGACGCUGCCGAUGGUGACCAAGAGCCCCGUGGAGACGCCGGCGCGGGACACUGCGGCGGCUAAGCGGACACCCGCCACUCCUACGGCGGCCGUGGCACCCGGCGACCAAGUCCUCCAAGUGGUCGUGAUGAAGGUGGCUAUACACUGCCAGGGGUGUGCAGGGAAAGUGAGGAAGCACAUCUCCAAAAUGGAAGGGGUGACAUCGUUCAGCAUCGAUCUGGAGAGCAAGAAGGUGACGGUGAUGGGUCACGUGUCCCCGGCGGGUGUCCUCGAGAGCAUCUCAAAGGUCAAGAAGGCUGAGCUGCUCAUGUGAAUCUCCUCAUCGUCCAUCCUACCCAGCAUGAAGUCUUAUUAGCUGAAUUCGGAAAAGAAAAGAAAAGACACUUCUCACCGGCUGACAAUGGGAUCCACCAACAGAUAAAUAAACUCGAGCUUAGUAUUUGUACGGAUUUGUACUAAAUGGCCCAUUGGCAAACUUAAUUCGCUCACUGAACUCCAUAAAACUUAUAUCGGAAUCUCGCCCCUCUUGUUCGCGUCUAUCAAAGGGGCGCCUAAAUUGCAUGUUAAAUUACCAUGCUUUUUCCC